UAAAAAAGAAAGCACUAUAAUGGACAAAGAGAAGGAAACGAGAGAGAAAUUAGGAGGAGAAGUGAAGCUUGGUCAUUGCUUGGAUGUUAUUUUGAAGAAUGCUGACGUAGCACUGCACUAUCCCUCCUUCGUUAAGCUUUAUGAACAACUUAUUGCUGGAAUCCUCUUGAACAAGGGAGCUAUAAAGUACAUCUUUGAUAAGAAGUCAAACAGCAAUUGGUACUUUAUAUUUGCAAGAGCUCUCUCAAUCGCUUGGAUUGAAGAUAAAAGAUACUGGGAAUGGGGAUCAUGUGGUGGUAAUGAAAUUGCUAAGCUUAUUGAAGUAUCUUGGCUGGACAUUCGUGGAAAGAUCAAGGAGUCUAUGCUCUCACCAAAUAUUGUGUAUGAAGUAGCACUUCAGGUACAGCUAAAUGAUAGAUCCUUCGGGUGGAAUGCUCCAAUGAACAUCGAAUUGAAGAAGCCAGAUGGGAGCAAGAUAGAGCGCCAGGAAUGCCUGUUGGGGAAGCAACCAAACCAGUGGCUUGAGAUUGCUAUUGAGUUCAAGGUAGAUAACCAUGGUUGUGGAAGUAGUGGCGAGAUCGAGUUUGCCUUUUAUGAACAUGGAGGGCAUUGGAAGAGAGGGAUGCUUGUGAAAGGUGUUCGGAUUGGAGCGAAGGGAUGUGGUUGCGCAUGAUCAAAAUAGUCUUGG